AUGUUCAUCGCGCUUCGAUUUAUCGCAGACGGCAACGUUGGUCGCUUCAUUACCUCCGCGCUCCUCAAAACUGGGAAGCACACCAUCACAGCAAUCACGCGAACAGACAGCCAAUCCAAGCUCCCCGACAACGUAACCAUCGCCAAAGACGACUACUCCAACCACACUUCCCUCGUCUCCGCACUCAAAUGCCACGAUGCCCUCGUCAUCACGCCAAGCGGACACGCAGUCGCCAGACGGAAACUGAUUGAAGAACUGGGACAAAGCUCGUUCGUGGUAGUUGUAACGGUGCUUCUGAUCGGCCGCGCUGUCGCUGCUUUGAUUAGUCUACCAAUCAAGUCAGAGACUGAGGCGUGUCUCGACAAGUUCAGGAACAAGAUAGUGUGGGUCAGUUCGUUCACCGUCAAUCAGGAAGACAUGUGCGCUUCGGUGCUGUGA